UCGCUUGGCUCGAUUAUAAAAAUGCGAAAAGUAUGCGAAGACGAUCGCCUGAGUAUCCCAAAGUGGUGACUUUCUAUGACAUUUCGUUUUAUUCACCACAAGUUUGUUUCGUCUGCGAGAGAGUGAGAAAAUUAAUUUCUUUCGAUUUUCCUUGUGAUUGUUCAGUGUUGAAACCACAAAAGGCGUGAAAAUACAAUGGCUGGUGUGAAAGAUAGAAUGGAUAUUCAGACGCUCAGCAACUGGAAGAUGCCCGAAAACUUCAUGCCAGACAACAUUUCCAGCCACAGCGAAGGAUUUUCCGUCAGCAACUCGAAGAGGAUCAUCAAAUUCAGUGGAGAUCCUGAGUAUGAACCAAAUCCGAGUGUGGAAGAGCUUGAAAAUCUCGAAGAUAAGGAAGUUUUGGGUUGUGCGAAGAGACAAAACGGAUCUCUGAUCUUCAGAAGGAGGCUUGAAGAGGAGUAUUAUCUCAUUUUCUGUGACAACUGUGGAGAUUUUGAGCAGGAAAUCCACUUGAACGACUUCUUGGCCGAGGAUUUCAUCAAGGAAUUGAAUUUCAAUGGAAGUCAGCUCGAAUGCAUCACAAUAACUGCCGAAAAUGUGGCUUUUCUCAGCAAAUUUCUCAACAUCGACGAGAGCGAAGCGUCGAUUGGGAGGGAAAUUGUCCUGAUCAGUGCCGGAAGUGCACUGAAUGUCGUGCAGAAGAAUGAGGAGGACGAGUGGGACGCUUCAAUGCACUCAACUUACGCCAACAGCAUUGAAUCUGUCUGGUUUUCUGGUCAGUUCCAGGCGAUCUUCGUCCUAACGUCGCUGAGAGUCUUGGAAGUGACUUUCCUGAUGGACGGAUUGAUAAAGAGACAGACAAUGUUCCUGGGCAAGAAGUAUUUGACUGUGCCGAAGAUUGUGCGUGAAGAUGAAUUGCUGGGAAUCACUUUGGCGUCUCUGGAUCUCUUAACAAUCGCUAAGAAGGAUAACUUCUUCAUCUUGACGGAGAAAGUCAACCUUCCGGGAGUCGUUGAUGGCAUUUAUCACGAAAAGUGGCGGUGCUACGUCGUAAUGACGGAGAAUCGACUGAUUUACGCGCUGAGGAGGACAAAAUCUCAGGCUGGAAAGAAAAUCGACGAGACUUUGCUGAGCAAUGCCGAGAUCUUCAGGAAACAAAUCACGGCGCUCACGGAUGAAUCGCUCAGGAUCAUGGCUGAGGCCAGAGAGGACGCGCACAUCCUCAAUUGCUUGGGUUUCCUCAGGAACUUCUCCGUCGCCACGCAUAGCGUCACGCUGAAAGUGUCGCUGAGGCAGAGUCUGGGCGACAAUGUUGAGCUAACGAUCACGCCGAGCGAGCAAAUCGCACAGAUGAACGUCUCGGAUUCCCAGUGGAGCCUGUCGGUGUUCAAUGAGUGUUUCCGCCAGAAGUUCGCCCUCAAGCCAAGCACGGACUCUUAUGCUUUCAUGCUGCCUCAGAAGUGGCUGAAAUUCCCGCUGAGAGUUGACAUUGCCGUAGAGUUCAGCCUCGACGGCGAGCAUUUUUCUCUCGCCUUUCCGCUGCGUGUAAUCUUCACCAGCGAAGGCGCUGCGCAAAGUCCUCUCGCGGACUUCUACGGAAAGCUGGAAGCCCUGCACAAUUCGUCGGGGCAGCAAUUCGGCGAUCAGUGGAGGGAAAUUGAGCAGCUGAGUGAGAAGAAACUCUGUGCGCUCGCCAUGAAGCUGCAGCGAAUGAUUGUGGAAGGGAAGCUAGAGAGCCAGGAUGUCUUGGAAGUGCACAGAGAACUGAGAUCAAAGGCGCUUGUGGAGUGA